CCAAGUAAUUACUCCUAUAAAAGAAAACUCAAGCAGGAGAAGAGAGAGAAAAUCCGGUCUCAUCUGAAUUCAAAUCAGAAGAAAAACAAAAACACAAAAUCCUUUGUAAUCAGAACCGUCCGUUCUAGGGUUUACAGUUAGAGAGAGAAACAGAAGAAAGAGAAAGCGAAGAUGCCGAAGAACAAGGGAAAGGGAGGAAAGAACAGGAAGAGAGGUAAGAACGAAGCUGAUGAUGAGAAGAGAGAGCUUGUUUUCAAAGAAGAUGGACAGGAGUACGCUCAGGUUCUUCGUAUGCUCGGUAAUGGCCGUUGCGAAGCCAUGUGUAUUGAUAACGUCAAGCGACUUUGCCAUAUCCGUGGUAAGAUGCACAAGAAGGUCUGGAUCGCCGCCGGUGAUAUCAUCCUCGUCGGUCUCCGUGAUUAUCAGGAUGACAAGGCGGAUGUAAUCCUUAAGUACAUGCCAGAUGAAGCUAGGUUGCUCAAGGCUUAUGGUGAGUUGCCAGAAAAUAUCAGGCUUAAUGAAGGUAUCAUUACUGCCAUGGAUGCGGAUGAAGAGGGUGACGGCGAAGAGUACAUCGAGUUCGAGGAUGAAGAUAUUGACAAAAUAUAAGCAAUUCAAGUUUUAUUUAAAUGCACUUUUUACUAAUGUCGAACCUUUAUUGUCAACUAUCAAGUAUAAGGUUCUCUUGAGUUUGAUUAUAAAUUGAUGCACUAGUCUCUUUACAUGCAUGGAUUACUGUUUCGAGUGGGAAUUGUAUUUGAUAUUUACGCAUGAGAUGGCUCAAUAAAUACAGUCCAUCUUUUGAUUA